AUGGCCUCCAAAUCACUCCAAGCGGAUGCGGAGGAUGAUGAACAGAGAGGUUUCAUAGCCUCUCUGACGGCUACGAUCACAGUACGAACUUCCCCCCGGCACGCACAGAGCUCUCCUGACAUCCAACGCGUAGAAUGCCAUCCUCACGCCCAUCCGACCUUUCCUCUCCCGCGCCGCCCUCAAAACCUACCUGACCACGUUCCUCCUCCUAUCCACCGCCUUCGUCCUUCUCGGCUUCGCCAUCACGGCCUAUGUCCUCUUCUACUGGUCCUACAUCCCUCGCAUCGGCUUCGAGCGAACCAUCCACCUUCAGUUCGACAGCGUCUACGAGAACCACUACAACGAGCUUCCGAAGGUGCCGCCAUACCCCUAUCCCUACGGCAGCGCAGUAUUGGCAUCGGAUAUCGUCGCGUCACAAGGCUAUGACAUUUGGAUUGAGCUUUCCAUGCCACGGACACAAGACAACCAGGAUGCGGGCAACUUCAUGCUGGACGUGAACAUGUACGCACCCAGCGAGAAAGGAGACGGUCUACCCACGAGCGGCAACAUCAUCGCUCCCCUGAAGGCGGACAUUUCUCCGACCUCUCCGACUGCGGACCCUGCUCUCCUACUCGCGACAUCGCGGAGGUCCGCCAUCCUUCCCUACCGUUCCCCCUGGGUCGACCUCAUCCACAAAGCUACAGAACUCCACUGGUAUCUGCUAGGCUUCCGAUCCGAGUCCGCGACUCUCAAAGUACCCAUUUUCGAACGCGUGGCCUUCGCGAAAGGGUUUCAAAAUGUCCCUUCCACUCUGCGGUUGGAAAUACAAUCCACACAUCGGUUGCAGAUCUACUCGGCCAAAGCGCUCUUCCGCGCUAGAUUCCGUGGAGUGAGAUGGGUCAUGUACAAUCAUCGCAUCCUCUCGGCAAUCUUUUUCAUCUCCGCCUUCUGGAUGACGGAAAUACUAUUUGCGGGAUUGGCGUGGCUGGGGUUACAUCUGAUCCUCUCGAAACCAGCCGAGCAGGAUCGAGCAGAAGUCAAAGCGGAAGAAGUGUCGCGGUCCAUCAAGCGCGAAGCAGGCGUCAAAGAGGAAGAAGAGGUCAAGCCGGAGCUUUCAGACACGGAGCGUACGUUUCCUUCUUUCACGGGCCAGCCGGCCCUGCGAUACCACAGUCCGCCGACGCAAGUCAAACAAGAAGCAGAGGAUGAACAUGCUGUGAUGAUACCGGAGAAGGCGGUGGAAGCGGACGACGAGGAUGAAGAGGUGGAUGAUUUUCUGGAUUCUGGUAUCGGGACGAGUCUGGAGUCUAGCGGGCCGGCGCGAAGGGAAAGUAUGCGACGGCGAAGAGGCCGAGCUCCUGUCGCUGGUGUGAGUCCGAAUGGGUGGCACGAUGGAGAGGAUGAGCGUCAUGUCUGA